CUUGCUCAGCGCUCCUACUUCCCGCAGCUAACCAUACAACCACAACGUUAUUUAACUGGUCGUUCAGUACAUAACCGUUCUAUACAACGUUGCACACCGUUCUGUCGUACUGAACGCACUCCUUCAUGGAUUUGCAAGUAUCUCUAAAGUGACAUUUUCCAUGACAUCUAGCAAUUGACAGUUGAAAUAGCCAAUGACAGUACUGCAGAGUAGGUACGUCAGCACAUUACAUACACGUCCUCCUUGUCUUUCAGGUACCAACUUCAUAUCCCGUAUGAGUUCGAUCAGUCAGUGAGGGACAGAUUGCCUUCUCUGCGAACUACUAGCUAGCUAUGUAGUUAGGCAGUUUACAGCUAAUUAUAUCGAGUGAGUCACACAGUAAGGGCGCAGUAAUUUUGAUAAACACAUAGUUACGCUACUGCAAACUGCCCUUAUUAUCAGCAUUUUAACAUAAUCUGCGCGCUUCGCUGAAAUGCUUCUCCUGGCCGGCGUAAGGGAUGGAAGGGCUAACAGAAGUGUGAUAUGUGUCCUGCUGCCCCUGGCUGUCGCCGUGUUGAUGUCGGCCGGAGUUGCUGGGAUCCAGGAGGAACACAAACCAGUCCAAGAACAAACGCCACAAGAGAAAGCACCUACUGCUCACGCCAUUGGCCCUGAGGUCAGUGGAAAUGACUCAAGCAAAUCCGAGAACCUGGGCUUCAUCCAUGCCUUUGUGGCUGCCAUCUCUGUCAUCAUUGUCUCUGAGCUGGGAGACAAGACUUUCUUCAUCGCUGCCAUCAUGGCAAUGCGCUACAACCGCCUCACUGUGCUGUUGGGGGCAAUGCUAGCGCUUGGCUUUAUGACCUGCAUCUCAGUGAUGUUUGGCUAUGCCACCACUAUCAUCCCCAGGAUCUACACAUACUACGUGUCUACGGCUCUGUUCGCUAUCUUUGGUGUGCGCAUGCUGAGAGAGGGGCUGAAGAUGAGUCCAGAUGAGGGCCAGGAGGAGCUGGAGGAGGUGCAGGCUGAGAUUAAAAAGAAGGAUGAGGAGCUGCAGAUGUCUAAGCUGAUAAAUGGGGCUCCAGAUGUUGAGUCGGGCUCAGGAUCAAGCCAUCCUCAGAGGAAGUGGCACAGCUUCAUCUCGCCUGUGUUCAUCCAGGCCUUCACCCUCACCUUCCUGGCAGAGUGGGGAGACCGCUCUCAGCUCACCACCAUCAUCCUGGGUGCCCAGGAGGAUCCUUUUGGAGUGGCAGUGGGUGGUACUCUGGGACACUGUCUGUGCACAGGACUGGCUGUGGUUGGAGGAAGGAUGAUUGCACAGAAGAUAUCUGUCAGAACUGUUACAAUCAUUGGUGGGAUCAUGUUCCUGGCCUUUGCCUUCUCUGCCCUCUUCAUCAAGCCAGAUGCUGGAUUCUAAUUGGAGGGAAGACUUUCAGGCAAAUUUUGUACAUACCUGUAAAGCUCAACUAUGUUUAUUAAGAGAGGCUGUGUGUGAGAGCGAGAAUGUGUGUUUGUAAGAAUGUGUGUGGUUUGAGAGAGAAAAAUAUGGAGAAUAUUCUCUAAUGGGACUUAGUGUCUGUGUGAAUUCUGUUCUCUUGUCUUACUAAGUCUGUGAUCCCUCACCGGUCUGAGUCCUGUGGCCUACACCCAGAACAAGACUUACCUCUCCCUCACACUCAGGCCCGUCAGUACUGAGCUUGGGUUCCGUUUGUUCAUUCAUUCCCCAUUCUUGGUUAUUAUUAUAUUAUGCUUUAAAAUCCUACUCCAGUCUCAUUUUCACCUAAUUUAACAUCUGAUUUACUUAACGGGGGGGGCUUUCCUCUUUUGUUCUCUAUUGUUCCUCAAGCAAGGGGGUGGUCAAUUACAUCAGAGGGUACCAUCAGACAAAGUGAUCGAAUGCCCUACUCCUUGAAGCUUGCAGUUGUCCCCCCCACCAAAAUAAAACAUGUGCAAAUAUAAUUUUUUUACCCUUGUGUGUGUACUUGGGAUAUCGCUUUUCAACAGGAAAAGUUAAAAAAAAUUGCUGGAGGACGUCUUUAAGAGCAGCUCAUCCUUUGAGUGCAUAGAAUCUCCCCUCAGCAUUAGCUGUGUUGCUUAGCAGCCAUGUCAAUGCCGGCUGAACACUGAUUCCAGGUCAGUCCCAUGGAGGGGAGUGUUAUGGUCACUGUGGAGAGAUUCAGUCCCUCUGAUCUAUGGCCAGGCCUCAGGUCAACUGCCAUACUUUUUGUUCCCCUCAGAAUGUCAUCUGAACAGUAACAUUGGGCAGACUUAGCUUCAUAAACCCCAUAAUGAGUUGAUCUACCAUUUUUCCAGCUGUAUCAGGGAUGGGAAUGUCUUCACUGUUGUGAAUAUUACUAUUCAGCGAUUUCCAUCUGCUAGAUAGACAGGACAUGCCAGUUCUAAGCAUCAUGGGGAUCCUGAAGCAGCAGUAACCCAUUCAGUGUCAGUAUUCUACAUUCUGGCCUCGAGGCAGCGAAACACCCCACGGCCAGUCUGGCCCAAUGGAGGCUGCGGGGGGAGCUAUAGGAGGACGGCUCAUUGUAAUGUCUGGAAUGGAACAGUAUCAAACUCCGUUCCAUUAAUACCAUUCCAGCCAUUUAUAAAUGAGCCCUUCCUCCUAUAGCUCCCCCACCAGCCUACUCUGGUCUGUCUGUUGUCUGCCACUCAAAUUGCUACUAGGGUUUAUAAAGAGGUUGUCUGAGGCCUACUGGUGAUGAAAUCAUGGAACUAAAUAUUUAUUUACUUCCUCCUAAAUUUCACUGCCGAUUAAAAAGGACCUGAGCCACUAAUUCUACUGCACCUUUCCUGAGUGGUUGGUUAUGGUAUUUAUUUACUACUUUGGAGCACAGAUGAGGAUGUUGUUCUUGUUCACUUUUUUUUUUUGAAGGUACUGUAGACAAGAAUAUACCUUUUUAAAAAGUGCACAGGGUAAUGUGACGCCAUUGUCAAUAUUUGACCAGUUUUACCCUGUGACACCGAUCAAGCGUGUACAUGUACGUGGUUUGCGACAAAUUAACUUUUGAUUGAAAAGCCUGAUCAAUGUUUAAAUGCUCAAUAAAACCUGUCAUGCUUAGAAUUUC